UUUGCGUCGUUAAAUCGCCGCGAUAUAGCUCUAAAUUCGCAAAACUAGCCCAAUCUCUCACGAAUGUUCACUCGCUAGCAUCUCGCGUGAUUAACGGCUAAUUUGCGAUCCGCGUUCGCGCGAGCCACACUUCGCGUCUUCGUGUCAUUCUUAUAUGGAGAUCCGCAAAGCAAACUGCACCCUCGGUCGCAGUCUCUAGGCAACGUGGUCGAUCGAUUCGGCAGAAUUAACAAAUCUUGCGAACCUUUCGGCGAAAAGACAAUUCUCGCGUUCGCAUAUCUCGUUCCUUCACCCCUUCGGUGAGAAGCAGUCCCGGGUGUGCGAUUUUCCCUUUUAGGUUAUGUCCCAGGAACCACCUGCAUGCCGAUUGUGGCAGUAGCCCGAGACCGAAACUACGCGAAGUGUCACAAUGUGACUUUGAUUUCCAUGAAGAUUCACGACCUGAUCUUGUCUACAUGACAUUUUCUUCCCUGUAUUUUACAUUCACAUCAAACAGAAUGAUUCCGGCCCAGAUAUUCCGAUUGAUCCACACAAACGGCCUGCUCUGGCAGGCCACGAACAAAUCCCUGCUGGCUAAGCUGCGAAAGAAGACUGGCUACACCUUUGCGAACUGCAAGAAGGCCCUGGAGCUGCACGAGAACGAUGUGGAUAAGGCUGAAAAGUGGCUGAGAGAACAGGCGCAGCAGUACGGCUGGACUCAGGCGGCCAAGCUGAAGGGCCGCAACACCAGCCAAGGGCUGAUCACGGUGACGGUGGACGGACAUCACGCAGCGCUGGCCGAGAUCAACUGCGAGACCGACUUCGUAGCGCGAAACAAGAAGUUUCAUAAUCUUGCAGAAGUGGUGGUCUCCACCGUACUGAGUCACGCGAAGUCCCAAGAGAUUCAGAACGAAGUGCAGCGGACUAUCUUUCACGCGGACAAUCUCAAAAACCUCCCGGCCACGGAUGGCAAGCCCCUGAGCGACCAUUCCGCCCUGACGAUCGGCAACGUGGGCGAAAACAUCAGUCUGAGGCGCGCUCUCGCCAUCAGCGUACGAUCGCCGGACCUGACGCUGUUCGGCUGCACGCAUCCGGCGCCGAUGAAUCCCAUACCCGUGUCCUUCGGCAAGUACGGCGCCCUCGUGGCCAUCAAGUGCGAGGAAAAUGACAAUAUGCUGGGUACACAGCUCUGCCAACAUAUCAUCGGCAUGGAUCCGCAGAAGAUUGGAAACCCGCGGGUAGACGAGCCGCACAACAACGCGGACGAGGAGCAGUGCAUGAUCUACCAGGAAUUCCUGCUCGAUCCUAGUCUCUCCGUGCAGCAAUUGCUGGCGGAAACGCGUGCAGAGAUCGUUGACUUCGCGCGUUUCGAGAUCGGCGAGGAACUUGACGAGGAGCCAACGCUGAAGAGCGUUCUGACUUGCGGCUGAUGUCGACUGCCGAUUGUUAUCUAUCGUUAAUAUUAUAAAUUUCACGGUAAUACACGAUAGCUAUUAUUGGUAUUAUUUACAUAAAAAAAGCGAAGAAUUCAUAUGUGAAAAUGGAUUCUUGAGUUAUUUAUCUUUAAGAACGAACGUUUGA